UCAUUACCAGCAUCGAUAUUCCUUCAUCCAACAUUUAUUUCUUCGUUUUUAUUGACAUUCUUCCAAAGUCAUGUAUCUAAAAAGCGGCGUAUUAAUUUUACUCUGUGCCAUGGCGGCCCACGCCCGGCCCCGUCCCGAUGAGGAGACCGUCCCCGUGGCGGUCACCGACUCCGCCGGCAACGCCGUCACCGAGACCUCCACCGUCAUCGUCCAGCAGACCGUCGUGACGGAGGUGACCUCGGCCGUUCCCGUGGAAGUGACCACCCUCGUCCCGGUGGAAGGGGACACCACCGUCUCCGUUGUAGCGGAAGGGGUCACGGCCUCCGGCGCGGCGGUCGCCGGUGACAGCGUGACGUUAGGCUCCGGGCAGGUCGUCGUCCUCAACACCGCCUCGGGCAUCGGCGGAUCCGGCAUCGGCAACGUCAUGAUCGUGCAGCCGACCGUGGCGCCGGCGACGGUGGGGGAAUGGCAGAAGGGCGCGUCGUAUAAUGCCGGGGAUAUAGUGGUGUGGGAUGGACAGCGGUAUAAGGCGCUGCAGCAGCAUAACGCCUACGCGUAUAACUGGACGCCGCCGCAGGCCGCCUCGUUGUGGCAGCUGCAGAAUGAAGAGGCCGCCGUGUAAUGGGGAAGUGCCGGCUGCUGAUUGUACAGACUGCGUCUGAUCUUCAACUGCAUGUUUGUAAAUUACUUAUUAACAGUCUGAACUUGCAUUUAUUAUGUUAUAUGAAAAGCAUUCCUAUCUAUACCUAGUGCGCUAAGAAACUCUGAAUUUUCAUGAUAUUCCUUGCAAUAGUGUGUAUAAUUAUAUGUUACCGGUCAUCGCAGCAAUCAAUAAAAAAGUGCGAAGUA